UCCUCACUCACAUUUCGCAGUCCUAGACGCGUCGCGCAGUAGUUGUGUCGCGUCGCGAAUCUAACUGGAAAUUAAUCGCGCGUCGAUCGAUAUUCGACUGUCGACACCGGUAUUGCGUCCGUUUUCCCAUAGAAUCCUAGUCGUUGAAUUUGUGAGGUUUCACGGUAAAAGUUUUUAUUGGAACCUUGAAGUCAGUCAAGUACCGGAGAUCCUUGGGAUAAUUCGGGGCUCGUCGGAUCGGUUCAAAAUUACUGGGAUUUGUGCAUCGUUUUCUCAUUACUCCGGUAGAACACGUCGACAUUGCACGUCCUUGUAGAUGAUAAGCGGCGUGUCGUGAAGGGUCGCGACCCCGCUAUCUCGUUCACUUAAUCGGCCGCUCCAUCGUAUCUGCUUCACUCGUCUCUUGGUCUUCUGAUAGUCACCACGCAUCGGUUCCGCGGCUCUUGACCGGCCGUGUUUCGAUUGAUCGUACAGUGAUCGUUACCAUCGCGAACUCUUCUAAAACGAUUGUAAGAGCGAAGGAAAUAUGCCGAGCGUGGUGAACGGGACUAAUGGCGCGGGCGUCGACGAUGACAUAGUAUUGACCGGUCUGUCUGGGAAGCUGCCGGAGUCCAACAAUAUCGAAGAGUUCGCCGAGCAACUAUUCGCUGGAGUGGAUCUCGUCACCGCUGACAGCAGACGAUGGGUCCCAGGUCUCCACGGUCUGCCAGAGAGGAAUGGAAAACUUAAAGACCUCGCACACUUCGACGCCACGUUCUUCGGGGUUCACGCGAAGCAGGCAAACCUCAUGGACCCGCAGCUCCGUCUUUUAUUGGAGCUCACGCACGAGGCCAUUAUUGAUGCCGGUUUCAAUCCAACUGAGCUGCGCGGUUCCCGGACUGGCGUUUACGUUGGCGUCUCCAACUCUGAAACAGAAGAGAUGUGGACCGCCGAUCCUGACAAAAUAAACGGUUACGCCCUGACUGGGUGCUGCCGUGCUAUGUUCCCCAACCGCAUCUCGUACACGUUCGACUUCUGCGGUCCCUCGUACGCCGUGGACACGGCCUGUUCGAGUUCAAUGUUUGCGCUUGCUCAAGCCGUGACGGCGAUGCGCGCGGGUCACUGCGACGCGGCCAUCGUUGCCGGCACCAAUCUGUGCUUGAAGCCCGCCAACUCGCUCAAUUUCCACCGACUGAGCAUGCUGUCUCCGCAAGGUCGUUGCGCUGCGUUUGACGCCAGCGGCAACGGUUAUGUGCGGUCGGAAGCGGCCGUGGUCGUGGUCUUACAGCGCCGGGCCAACGCGCGUCGAGUGUACGCAACAGUGCGGGGCGCGAGGAUGAACACAGACGGAACUAAGGUCCAGGGCAUCACUUUCCCCUCGGGGGACAUGCAACGCCGACUUGCGAAGGAAACUUUUGAAGAAGCCGGCUUGAGGCCGCAAGAUGUAGUGUAUGUUGAAGCUCACGGAACCGGUACAAAGGUCGGAGAUCCACAAGAAGUGAAUGCAAUAGCACAGCUAUUCUGCGAAAAUCGUUCAGAUCCUCUGCUUUUGGGCUCAGUCAAGUCAAACAUGGGACAUUCGGAGCCUGCUUCGGGCUUGUGCUCGAUCGCUAAAGUUGUCGUCGCCAUGGAGAAUGGCGUCAUACCUCAAAAUUUACAUUAUAAGAGUCCAAAUCUUGAUAUACCAGCUUUAAGCGAUGGAAGAAUCAAGGUAGUAGACCGGAACCUCGAAUGGAACGGCGGUUUGGUGGCCGUCAACUCGUUCGGGUUCGGAGGCGCCAACGCUCACAUCAUCUUGGAAUCGGAGCGUGUCGGCAAGCGUGUCCGCACCGAGUACGCCAUACCUAGACUGGUCCUCGCUUCGGGACGCACAGAGGACGCCGUGUCCCACCUGUUGGAACACGCCGCCAAACACGCCAAGGACGCAGAGCUGCACGGUCUGCUGGACGCGAUACACGCGCGGAACAUCCCCGGACACGGGUACCGGGGCUACGGGCUGCUCCUGAACGAGAUGCAAACUGAAAUCGUCGAGACGAGCAGCGGAGAUCCCAGGCCCAUAUGGUACGUGUUUUCUGGCAUGGGGUCCCAAUGGGCGGGCAUGGCGAAGUGCCUGAUGCGCUUGCCGGUGUUUGCGGCCAGCGUGCAUCGUUCUGCCGCAGCACUAAGGCCCCAUGGCAUCGACCUAGUGCACGCGAUCACGGAGGCCCCCGACACUGCCUUCGACGAUGUCGUCAUCUCAUUCGUGUCGAUAGCUGCCGUGCAAGUGGCCAUGGUCGAUGUGCUCCGCGAACUUCAGAUCACUCCUGACGGCAUCGUGGGACAUUCCGUUGGAGAAAUCGGUUGCGCGUACGCUGACGAGACGCUGACGGGCGAGCAGGCGGUGCUGGCGGCGUACUGGCGCGGGCGCAGCAUCGUGGACGCGCGGCUGGACGCGGGCGCCAUGGCGGCCGUGGGGCUCUCCUGGGAGCUGUGCCAGCGCCGCUGCCCGCCCGACGUGGCGCCCGCGUGCCACAACGCCAGCGACAACGUCACCAUAUCCGGUCCAGUUGCUUCAAUAGAGAAAUUCGUAGCGGAAUUAACGGCCGAGGGAAUCUUCGCUCGGCGGGUGAACAGCUCGGGGAUCGCCUUCCACAGCAAGUACAUCGCGGCCGCCGCUCCGCUGCUGAGGAAGAGCCUCGAGAAGGUCAUACCUUAUCCCAAGGCGCGGUCCUCUAAGUGGGUGUCCUCCUCGUUACCCAGAGACCAAUGGGGAUCAGAGCUGGCCAAGCUGAGCGACGUGAACUACCACGUGAACAAUCUGCUGUCUCCCGUCCGCUUCGCCGACGCCCUGAAGGAGAUCCCGGAGCGAGCCAUCGUCGUGGAGAUCGCGCCGCACGCGCUGCUGCAGGCGGUGCUGAAGCGCGCGGUGCCGGCGCCCGCGGCCGCGCACGUGGCGCUGGUGCGGCGCGACGCGGCCGACGCGCUGCUGCACCUGCUCGGCGCCGUCGGCAAGCUGUACGCGGCGGGCGCGCAGCCGCAGCCCUCCCGCCUCUACCCCGCCGUCCGCUUCCCCGUGUCGCAGGGCACCCCCGGACUCGGCUCCAAAGUCAAAUGGGACCACUCGCUGGAGUGGAGCGUGGCUAACUUCAGCGUGCCUCCGUCCGGGGAAAAUAUCAUCGAAUUCGAUCUGUCAAAGGCCGACGACGCCUUCAUAGCGGGACACAAUAUAGACGGGCGCGUGCUGUUCCCCGCCACCGGGUACUUGACGCUCGUCUGGCGCACGAUGGCCAAACUGAGCAACAGGAAGCUCGAGGACACCCCCAUAGUGCUGGAGAACGUGCAGUUCAAGCGCGCGACCAUCAUGUCCAAGGACGGGCCGGUGCGUUUCCUCAUCAACGUCCUCGAGGGCAGCGGACACUUCGACGUCUGCGAGGGCGGCUCCGUGGUCGUCACCGGCCUGGUCAGGCUGGCCGCGGACCCCGACAAGGAACGAAUCCACGACGUCGAACCGGACAAGACCGAAGACUCCGAACCGCCACUGACCACGGAAGACAUCUACAAAGAGCUGAGACUGAGAGGGUACAACUACGGCGGCAUCUUCAAGGGGAUCAAGGGGUCGGACGCGCGCGGUACUGUCGGGCAGCUCGCCUGGGAGGGAAACUGGAUCUCGUACAUCGACACCAUGCUGCAGUUCGGCAUCAUCGGCGUCGACACCCGCGAGCUGUACCUGCCGACGCGGCUGCGGCGCGCGCUCAUCGACCCCGCGGCGCUGGCGGAGCGGGCGCCGGGCGAGCCGGUCCGCGUCACCAUGCGCAGAGACAUCGACGUCAUAUCGGCGGCCGGAGUCGAACUGCGCGGCGUCAAGACCAGCCUGGCACCCAGGAGGGCCAACCCUCAGGCUCCUCCUAAACUGGAGAAAUACGUGUUCCUGCCCUACGACAACACGUCUGUGGCCACCGAGGACACGUCGCGCUCCAAGAGAGACGCCAUGACCGUUAGCUUGCAGAUUGCUAUGGAGAACAUCGGAGCCCUGAAGCUGAAGGUGGCGGAGGCGGCCCUGUCCCGCGCACCCGAGGCGCUGCUGUCUCCUGCCGUGUCCGCGCUGCUGCACGCCGAGCCGCAGCAGCGCGCCGACGUGUCCGUGGGCGCGGGGCCCGACGCCGCCGCCUACAGUGCCGCGCUACAACAACACGACAUCAAGGUGACGCCAAAAGACGGCCGCAGUGCUCCACUCGACGCAGACUGUCACCUCGUCGUAGCAGCUGACGUCAUCGGGAGGCACGGCGCCCCCGUACUAAGGAACCUUAUUGCGUCCCUGGCGCCCAACGGUCUACUGCUUCUAGAAGAACCACGCGGAGCUCUGAGCGAAAGAGCACCUCGCGACGUCAUCGAACGCGAAGGGCUCGAGUUGAUCUCGCGCCAAGUAGCCGCCCCGUGCGAGUACUUAUUGUUGAGGCGCAAAGCUGAGCUCCCCUCGAGCCACGUGGUGGUGGACGUGUCCGACGACGUCAAGUUCGCCUGGGUGGAGGACCUGCGGGCGGCCCUGGGUCGUGCCGAAAACGAGAACAUACGCGUGUAUGCGGUCUCGCGGUCGGCGCACUGCGGAGCCCUGGGCCUGGCCACGUGCUUGCGCGCGGAGCCCGGGGGCGGCGCCCUGCGAGUGUACUAUCUGCCUGGGGCCCGCGACCAGUUCGACGUGACGUCGCCCGCCUACUCGGGGCAGGUGCAGAAGGACUUGAGUGUGAACGUUCUGCGCUCCGGAGUGUGGGGGACCUACCGACACCUGCCCAUCACCGACGCGGCCGAUGCGCAGCUGCAGGUGGAGCACGCGUACGUGAAUACCGUGACCCGGGGGGACCUGUCCUCGCUGUGCUGGAUCGAGAGUCCACUGCGGUACGCGCAGGUGUUGGCACGGCCCCGGGGCACUGAGCUGUGCCGGGUGUACUGUGCGCCGCUCAACUUCCGGGACAUCAUGUUGGCCACCGGGAAACUGCCGCCGGACGCAUUGCCCGGGAACUUGGCCGGACAGGAAUGUAUCCUUGGUCUCGAGUUCAGUGGACGCACCGAAAGUGGAAAACGCGUGAUGGGCAUGGUCGCCGCGCGCGGAUUGGCCAGCACCGUGUUGGCAGACGAGGGCUUCCUCUGGGAGGUGCCCGAGGAGUGGUCGCUGGAGGAAGCGGCCACCGUGCCCGUGGCGUACGCCACCGCGUACUACGCGCUGGCGGUCCGCGGGGGCAUGAGGCGCGGAGACGCCGUGCUGGUGCACGCGGGCUCGGGCGGGGUGGGGCAGGCGGCCAUCGCCAUCGCCCUGCACGCCGGCUGCGACGUGUUCACCACGGUCGGCACGCCGGACAAGCGGGCCUUCCUGCGCCAACGAUUCCCGAAGCUGCCCGAAGAGAACAUCGGCAACUCUCGGGACACGUCCUUCGAGCAGCUGGUGAUGCGGCGCACGCGCGGCCGCGGGGUGGACCUGGUGCUCAACUCGCUGGCGGCGGACAAGCUGCACGCGUCGGUGCGCUGCCUCGCUGAAGGCGGACGGUUCUUGGAGAUCGGUAAACUGGAUCUCUCCGACGACACGCCCCUGGGCAUGUCGAUCUUCCUGAAGAACACAACAUUCCACGGCAUCCUGCUGGACGCGCUGUUCGAUGCGGACAGCGAGCACCCGGACAAGCUGGCGGUGGUGCGCUGCGUGAGCGCGGGGCUGGCGGCCGGUGCUGUGCGCCCGCUGCCCGCCACCGUGUUCUCCGACACGCAGCUCGAGCCCGCAUUCAGAUACAUGGCUGCAGGGAAGCACAUCGGCAAGGUAGUGAUCCGAGUCCGCGAGGAGGAGGCGGACGGAGCGCGGCCUGCCGCCCGGCUGAUGGUGGCUGCGCCCCGCACCUACUUCCACCCGGCCAGGACGUACGUACUCGUCGGUGGACUGGGUGGGUUCGGACUGGAGUUGGCUCAGUGGCUGAUCGUGCGCGGAGCCACUCGCCUCGUGCUCAACUCCCGCAGCGGAGUGCGCACGGGAUACCAGGCCUGGUGCAUACGCAGGUGGCGCUCGCGCGGCGUGCAGGUGUUGGUGUCGCGCACGGACAGCAGCACGGCGGAGGGCGCUCGCGCGCUGCUGCAGGCCGCCGCCGCGCUGGGGCCCGUGGGCGGACUGUUCAACCUGGCCGCCGUGCUCCGGGACGCCUUCCUCGACAAGCAGACGCCGGCCGACUUCCAGACCGUCGCCAAGCCCAAGAUCGACGCUACCAAGGCCCUGGACGCGGCGAGCCGGGAGCUGGCCCCCGAGCUGGAGUACUUCGUGGUGUUCUCGUCGGUGUCGUGCGGGCGCGGCAACCCCGGACAGAGCAACUACGGCCUCGCCAACUCCGCCAUGGAGCGGAUCGUGGAGAGGAGACAGGCCGACGGGCUACCCGGCCUGGCCGUGCAGUGGGGCGCCAUCGGUGAGGUCGGUCUGAUCGUGGAGACGAUGGGCGGCGACGACACGGAAGUGGGGGGCACGGUCCCGCAGCGCAUCGCGUCCUGCAUGGAGGCGCUGGGCGCGCUGCUGGCCCAGCCCCACGCCGUGGCCGCCAGCAUGGUGCUCGCAGACAAGCGGCGCGCCCAGCAGGCGCCCAAGCAGGACCUGGUCCACGCUGUGGCCAACAUACUGGGCAUCAAGGAUCCUAGCAAGGUGUCCGAAUCCGCUAAUCUAGCUGAACUCGGAAUGGAUUCUCUGAUGGGCGCAGAGAUCAAACAGACAUUAGAGCGAGGGUACGACGUGGUCCUGGGAGUCCAGGAAAUCCGAGCCCUGACUUUCGGUCGGCUGAAGGUGAUGGCGGGGGUGGGGAGCGAGGGGGAGGGGGCCGGCGCCGACACCCCCCGCGGCCCCGCCGACCUGGUGCAGUUCGCGGCGCUCGGAGAACUCAUGCCCAAGCAGACCCUCGUGAAACUGCCCAGCGCACAGCCGCCUUCUGCUGAGGCACCCCCUGUCUUCAUGGUGCACCCUAUAGAGGGCGUGGUGGACCUGCUCCGCGGCGUGGCGAGCGAGGUGGCGGGCGCGGUGUUCGGGCUGCAGUGCGCGGCCGGCGCGCCGCUGUCCUCCAUGGCGGCGCUGGCGGAGCACUACGUCACGCACGUGCGCACCGUGCGCCCCCACCAGCCCUACCUGCUGCUGGGAUACUCCUUCGGCGCCGCCGUGGCCUUCGAGAUGGCGCUGCACCUCGAGGAGGCGGGCGCGGCCGUGCGGCUGGUGCUGGUGGACGGGUCGCCCGCGUACGUGGCCACGCACACGACGCGCGGGCGCACGCGCGGACAGUCGCGCGGCGGCUCGCGCGGACAACGCACGGGCCCCGCCGCCGCCGACGAGGCCGACGCGCUCGCAUACUUCGCGCAGCUCUUCAGGGACAUCGACGCCGCCAAGGUGUCAGCCGAACUAGAGCGUCUCCCGUCCUGGGAGAGUCGAGUGGAGCGCGUGACGUCACUGAUCGACAGCGGCUCGCACAGCGCCGAGGCCCUGGCCGCGGCCGCCGCCUCGUUCUACAAGAAGCUGGUGAUCGCGGACGCGUACAAGCCGACGCGGCAGCUGCGCGCGCCCGUCACGCUGUUCACGGCGCGCGACAACUACGUCACGCUCGGCGAGGACUACGGGCUCCGGGCUGUCUGCACGGGAGAGGUAAAGUGUCAUCAGCUGGCGGGCACGCACCGCACGAUACUGACGGGCGACGCGGCGCGCGACAUCGCGUCGCAUCUCUCCGCGCUGGUGAGGCAGCAGCUGUAGGCCGCGUGCACACCGCCGCACUACUUGCUUAACCAGUCUGCUUAGUACGAGUUUUUUAAGGUUCUCGAUAGCGUAAAAGUUAACUCAUAUUUGUAUGGAAUGAGAUCGUUUGAGUGCGUUUGCCGCUGGGGGCGCUGUUCCAACUGCACACAAAAUUGGGUUAACUUUUACGCUAUAGAGAACGUUAAGAAAUUCGUACUAAGCACACAGGAAUCUGACUUCUACUUACGACACGUGUGCACCAACCGGAGGGGGUUUGCGAUGGAUUACAUUAAAUAAUAUGUCUCAAGCUCGAGAAGUCCAGAUAAACUUAACACGAGCGCACUGUUUGUUAGAUCUAAGCAAGCUAUCUGUCGAUGUGGACUUGGCUUAAAUGAUCGUAGACUAAUGCGUGCAACUCGAGUGUGUGAACGAGGCAUUAAAUAAACAUAUAAAAAUAGACAAUGACGAUCACGUCUGAAGAGAGAGAGAGAAAGAGAGAGAAAAUUCCUAUUUUUCCUUUUUUUUGCAACUGAAACAUAUAGUUUCUAAUCGUUGCACAAAAAACUAGCUCUCGAAUCCAAUCACAAUGUUCAAGACAUAACUCAGUGAUUAAAUACAUUGCGUAUUUUCUGUUCCUAUUAACAAACUUUGACGUAUUUUAAAAAAGUGAGAGAAUACAGACAUUAUGUCACAACAAUUAUAUUAAUAUAAUCGUACUACCCAAACGGUAUUGCGUGAGAAACUAGAUUAAAUUAAUAUUAAUCUAAAAUUUUAAUUAAUAAGGAAAAAAAUCGUUCGUCCCAUGUUUUGAAAAUAACAGUGGUGUAAAAAAAAUUAAAAUUACACAAAUAGGCCAUAUCAUAUGACAUGAUAACAUAACUUUGCUAUUACUCAGAAUAAUGCGAAUGUGAGUUAGACUUUUUUAUUGCCAUUGUAGGCAGACAAACAUAGGACCCAGCUGAUCGUAAGUAUUUAUUGUCGCCCAUGGACAUCAGCAAAUUUCAGGGGCACAGCUGAGUUGCUGCCCACUGCAUCUACCAUGACUUAAAAAAAACGAAAUAUAUAUAUAUGUAAUUGCUAUGUAAACGUGCCUCCGGACCACACAUCCGAGUUCCACGCUCAAUUAACUUAUUGAACCCGCAAGCUGAGCUUCAAGCGUGCGAAGAACAAAACAUUCCGUUGAUACGAUAUCGUAAACGCAUUUAUAUACGCGCUACGUGUGACAUUACUAGUGUUAGUACAAUGGUACCAGGGUGGGACUGCUCUAGGAUCGAGCCGGUAGAUCAAAGAUAUUUAGGUGCUGGAUAACCCUUCCCUAAAUUAAUAAGGAAUAUUUAUUUGCUAAUCGAAUCAAAAAUAGUUAGAGAAGCCAGCAAUGUAUAGUGAAGGUGGCUCUCCCCCGGAGCAAUGACCCCGCGCGUCAUUUUGUUUUCAGACGUGUAAUGCAAAAUGUAGCAGUAAAUUUCUUAAUGUAAUUUUUUUUUUUAUUGUUAUAUGUAGUACUAGGAAUCUUCGUUUUGGCGAACCGUUUUAAUAAACUUUGUAUCUCUGAUAUACUAUUUUGAAUAAUAAUAACAUUUAAAAAAAAUUGACGAAGAAAUAGUUUAUUUCACAUGCUCGUCGUAUGUGUGUGUGUAUAUUCAAUUGAUUUAAUAUUAACUUAAUGACAUUGAAAUAUAGAUACAAAAUUGAAUUAAUAAUGAGAUUAAAUUAUAUAAGCGCAUAAACAUUAGAUGCGUCUCCGAAGUUCGCACAAGCAGCUGAGCAGAACACAAUUGUAGAGAAACAACCGUAUUUAAUAUUUUUAGAAACUAUUUGAAACAGAAACCAGAAAUUUCACUAGUAUGAUCUGCUCUGCUAAGCUAACUAAGGGCGCAUUGAAGUGUUGCGCGAAUUAUUAUAAAUAAUUGAAAUUAUGACAAAGAAUAAAUAUAAUUCACAUAUUAAAGGUGGUUAGUCUGUGAUUUAGAAAUUACUGUUUCGCCAAAACCGCUCCUGUAUUUGAUAAAAUAUCACAAUUUUAUACCAAACAUGACAUGAUAGUGAAUCUCAUUGAGUGACUGUAUAAUGUAUCUUAAAGGUGUAAUCUGUAAUGGGUAGUAAGUAAAUAGUUUAAAGGAUUUUAUUUCAUCUAAGAAAAAUAAAGAUUAAAAACUGUAAAAAUAAAUAAUCUAUGUCCAACGAUAGUCUGUUAGGUAAAAAAAUAUAUUAAAAUAAUUGCCAAAGGGUAUUGGGAUUAGUGUAUUUCUUAGGUGAAAUAAGAUUCGGUUAGGGCAUAUUAUUAAUCAUUAUUUAUUUUUAAUUAAUACAAAUUUAAUUUCGGGUUUCGUAGUGAGAGUUGCAUUGAACAAAUACAUGAUGAAUGUAUAAAAACGUAAAACCUAUUUUAUCCACAAAAGUGUCUCAAUGGUCGUUUUCAACGUUAUUAAAAUGAUAUCGAAGGGUUUUCACCCAAAUAGGACCCAAAAUUUCGCUUAAUACGCGACAUUUCUCUUUGUAAUUAGAGGUGCGAUUUAUUUGGUAUUAGCAUCAUAAGUUCAAUGUUUUUAAUUGAACUUCAAUUAUGUUUAGUGCAUUGAAAUAGCUGAAGAAGUUUUUUGUUAUGAUAUUUUUUCCAAAUUGUAAACUUUAAUUGGCUCUCCGGAAAAAAGCAAUAUUGUCGCUUAUAUUAAUAAUAAUAUUAAUAAAAUUUAUCUAACGCAGUUGAUUAAAGAUAAAUAUCAUUUUCAAUUCUCUUUUCGCUAUCGUUAUUUACAUUUUAAUGGCGACUUUUAGAUUGUUAAAAAGUAAUGUAUGAGUUUUGACGGCAAAUAGGUGCGUAAAUUUUUCGUUCACAAUAUUGUAAUUACCAAUGUUGACUAUGUAUCUGCUAUACUGCUGGAUAAUAAAUACGUGGCCGUGUUCAAUAACGCAUCGAGGAAAAAAUAUAGAAUUUAGACAAAUUUUAAAAGUACAUAGACAAAGCAAUCAGUUUGUCAGUCUUAAAGCAUAGAUAAUAUACACUUAACCUUAAAGUGCACUGAGUUUUGUCACGUGUUAAGCGACUUAGCGGAAACUGCCGGAAUCUUAAUCGUUCAUGCUCUUCUAACGAUCGCGUUAAAAAGGGAUAGAAAUAGUAACUGUACGUGUUAGUUUCAAAAAGCGUAAUUCUUGGUCCUUAAAUCGCUACGAUUGUACAGAAAAUAAUUAUGUAUCAGUGUAACAUUUCUAAUUAGCUAUAAGUAUUUAGUUCCUGUGUAAUGGUUUAGAUAAUUUAUUUUGUUACUGAUUUGGAUGAGUUCUGUGAUUAAAUAGUUCAUUAUUUUUUAACAA